AAUAUUGUUUAUUGAAACACGUGUAAUCACGCAUUGACUUUGAGCGUAGAAAGAAGAAAAAUAAUUAGUUUUAUUUUCAUGAAUUAUUCAUGCGUGGAAAUAAAAAUUCAUAUUUUCCUCUCCGGGUUUGCAUUCGAUUCUAAACAUGACGAACAUUAGUACUUAUAGCAUUUUUCGUUACCCAUGCAACCUUCACUAACGAAAUUCAACACCGCGCAGAUAUAAAUAGAAAUCUGCGCAGAAGAGUAUGGUCUAUUAGAAUUCAAGUGUAAACUACAAACGCAAAAGUGUUGGAACCAUAGAGAUGCUCUUUGGAUAAGUCGUAGUCAUAGGAAGUAAGAAAGAGUGGGAGGAAAAAUACUUGUUCUGUCAUUCUUAUCGUGUUUGUAUUAUCUCUGAGCAAUAUAUCAUGCGGAACCCCUUGCGAGCGUUGCAGUUUAACCGUUGCGGUUCGUCAACGUCCGGCAGGCGCGCGAGCUCUCUGAUGGAUUGGAUUAAAGAUAUUCGUGAAUCAAACAUACUCUGAUAUUGACCUAUUACGGAACAGAGUGAAACCCGUGAUCGGUGAAGGUAACGCGACAGACCAUCUGUCCUCUCCAUCAGUAUGAUCCGCGACUUCAUGGAUCGCGCACAGUCUCUCGUGGAAAAAGAAAAAGAAAAGAAAAGAAAAGAGUAUCAGAAACGGCAGGAUGCACGUGCGUGUCCGGUUGUUUUUAUCUACCUCUAUCUGAAAUAGAUUGAAAAUAACAAACACUGUGCCAUAAUCUGAUAUGAGAAAAAUAGUUGAUAAAGGCGAGUUGAUAAUGAUCUAUAAUUGUGGCUUAAAACGCAACGUAUUGUAAAAUAUUUCAGAAUACGCGCGUCAACGAUGCGAUAGAGCAGAAUGGGACUUAUUCUGCGGCAAAAGUGUCAAGGCGCUGCCAGUUAUUGGUAAAACGCACAGUCAGCACAACGACAGGAGCUGUUCUCAUAAAGAGCUACUAACAUUGCGUGGAAAGUUCGGAAGGAUUAAAAAUCAAAUUGCGGACUCCAACGCAUCUAGAGCAGAAAAAGGACGAAGAGGAGGACCAGAUUGCGAAGAAUGUCGUAGGCUUAACAUCAAUCAACGAGCCGAUGCAAUAUAAGAAGAAUAAUGCUGAGAAGAUUUUUGUGACACAUAAAACGCAAGUUGAAUUUAUGGCACACCGGUAACGCUAAUUAAUAAUCGGCUGCGAUAAAAUGUUGACCUUUUUAAUUAAAUAAAAAAGAAAUACCUAAAACAAUAAUAAACCAUUAAAUAAACGAUUAAAUGGAAAGGAAUAAUAGCAAUUGACUUAAAUAAAUAAACAAGUAAGAGAAUAAUAUUAUAAAGGAAAAAAAUUAAGUAACGAGAAGCAUAGAACAAUUUGAUCUUUUGAUCUCUCGGAAAAUGUACUCGUCGGCAUUUAUCAGUAAGACGUGUCUGGCAUUUCUAUUCCUGCUGUACUUCGUCGGAAUGGAUUUGUUACUUUAUUUCCGAGUGCAGGACUACGAUGUACGUCCAUCCGUGAAUGACACGCGAGCUUCAUCGUAUCGUUCGCCGAUCUUGUGCGAUCUAAAUCCGAUUUGCACGGUGACAGUGAAAGCCAUGACGUUGGAUCAUCCUAAUCACUAUGUCCUGAGUCCCCUGGCAUCCCUAGUAGAUUAUUUACUAGGCAUUAGUCGUUCCUGGAUGUGGCUGACACCAAACGCUAUCAGCGUUUCUCAUGUAGCGGUGGCUUUAAUCGGCGCCCGUUACAUCACACGGAGUUCCCUCUUUUACAGACGGAUAGGUGUCAUUCUAUUCCAAGUCAGAGCCUGGCUGGAUGAUCUGGAUGGCCAUGUGGCAAGGAUGAGGCUUAACGUCAAGGGUGAGAGAUCGGACGUCGGCUCUAUCGGUUAUCUCGUGGAUGGCGUCUGCGACGGUCUUGGCUGCAUUGCUCUCGCCGUCGCGGUAUUCUUUUUUCUGAGACGCAACUCUAAUCACCGCGCCGGUUAUGAGUUACUGCCCAUCCGGACGUUAUCAUCAUCGUCAUCGUCAUUGUCGUCCCACAAUUCCGUUUCCUCCACCUCGUUCUGGAAAUCACCUCUGUACAACAUGCUGAUGGUGGGUCUCCAUUUUUCUUUGACAAGCAUCGCUUGGAACCGGUAUAUAUCCGUGUACCAGGAUCUUCUAGAGACUGACAUCUCUUCGACGAUCAGCCGAGAGGAUCUGUACGAUAGACAAACUGUUGUUUUCAGAAGUUCCUCUUUCUGGGCUAUUGCCCUCGCAUGGAAGAUCUUUAACUUCCACGCAAUGAUGGACUAUUUUCUUCUGGCAAUAUUUUUGGAUCGUAUUUGGGAAUACGUUAGACUCGCGUGGUGGCAGCUACCCACAGUGUUGUUUCUGCUUAUCCUUAUCAGCGAACUUCACUACACGUAUACUUAUGUGGAAAUAUUGUCGGUGAACGAGAGCUUGCGAUCCUCCUUAUAUGCAUUUCCUAAUGUAUAAAGGUACAAUUUCAUACUAACGCUCGACGCUCAUUUUUAGUACCAAAACGAGCCAUAUAUGAUCAAAGUUAAUAAAUAUCGAGCGUCUAUUUCGAUCAUGUGACCUGUUUUGACGCUAAAAAUGAGCGUCAAGUGUCAGCAUAGAAAAGGUUCCUUUCAGAGUCUAUUUUUUUAUAUUAUAGUUUAUUAAUUCAUUUUUUUAUUAUAGUUUUAUAUUUUACAUAUGGUUCUUUUAUAUGAUGGAUGCUCUCACGGCAGAAGAGGUCAUUUCUUUCAAUCAUCUUGAAUAUCUA